GGGAAAGGGGCAGAAGUCGUUUGUGGCCUUCGAAUCCGAAGGCUUUAUUCUAACUCGUCAUUUAGCCCUCCUUCGAGAACACGGAAGUAUCAAGCUGGUGCCCUACACAACUUUUUUUUCCUCGAACAAAGAGCUUGUGUUUGGAAUUUUUUUUUUUUAAAGAAACACUAUCUUUGGCUUUGGGCUGUGAGAAAUAAUUUUGUCAAAAUAUCUGCUCUAUGCCAACAAGGUUCCUCAAGGCAAACACCACUAUGGUAAGUGUCAUGGCACUACAAAAGUCACAUAAGAGUUAUACGGCAAGAUCUCUCCUCAAAAAGUACCAUGUCUUCAUAGGCAAAGUCAAAUCAAACACACCAUGGCCAAGCGAGUUGCAGUGAUUGGAGCUGGUGUGAGUGGCCUGUCCUCCAUCAAAUGCUGCUUGGAUGAGGACCUGGAGCCUACCUGCUUUGAAAGAAGUGAUGACAUCGGGGGACUGUGGAAGUUUACUGAAACUUCUAAAGAUGGGAUGACCAGGGUCUACAAGUCAUUAGUGACAAACGUCUGCAAAGAAAUGUCAUGUUACAGCGACUUCCCCUUCCAAGAAGAUUAUCCCAAUUUCAUGAAGCAAGAAAAAUUUUGGGACUACCUCCAAGAGUUUGCUGAGCAUUUUGACCUUCUGAAAUACAUUCGGUUUAGAACCACAGUGUGCAGCGUAACAAAGCGUCCUGACUUCUCCGAAACUGGUCAGUGGGAUAUUGUCACAGAGACAGAGGGGAAGCUGGACAGAGCUAUCUUUGAUGCUGUCAUGGUUUGCACUGGACAUUUCCUGAAUCCCCAUUUACCUCUGGAGUCAUUUCCUGGAAUCCAUAAGUUUAAAGGCCAGAUCCUGCACAGUCAAGAGUACAAGGUCCCAACAGGCUUUCAGGACAAACGCGUUUUAGUGAUCGGUCUUGGGAACACUGGAGGGGACAUUGCAGUGGAGCUCAGUCGAACCGCAGCUCAGGUUCUUCUCAGUACUAGAACUGGUACCUGGGUCAUUAGCCGCUCUUCAGAUGGGGGCUACCCACUUAAUAUGAUGGCUACAAGACGACACCAUAAUUUUACUGCACAAGUUCUGCCUUCAUGUGUACUAAAGUGGAGUCAAGAGAGGGGCUUGAAUAAAAGAUUUGACCAUACGAAUUAUGGACUAAAUAUUACUAAGGGGAAAAAAACAAAAAAAAUUGUGAAUGAUGAGCUGCCAACCUGUAUCCUCUGUGGGACAGUCACUAUGAAAACUAGCGUGAAGGAGUUUACAGAAACCUCUGCUCUCUUUGAAGACGGGACAGUGGAAGAAAACAUCGAUGUUGUGAUCUUCACUACAGGAUACACCUUUUCUUUUCCCUUUCUGGAAGAACCUCUCAAAAGCCUUUGUACAAAGAAGAUAUUCCUGUAUAAGCUGGUCUUUCCCUCAAACCUAGAGAGGACAUCACUGGCUAUGAUUGGCUUCAUCAGCCUUACAGGAUCCAUCUUAGCAGGCACAGAGCUCCAAGCACGAUGGGCCACAAGAGUAUUCAAAGGACUCUGUAAGAUACCUCCAUCUCAAAAAUUGAUGGCUGAGGCUACGAAAAAGGAGCAACUCAUAGAAAGGGGUUUGAUGAAAGAUACCAGUGGAGACAGACUUGACUACAUUUCCUACAUGGAUGACCUUGCUGUCUGCAUAGGCACGAAGCCCAAUGUCCCACUUCUGUUCCUCAAGGAUCCCAGACUAGCUUGGGAAGUUUUCUUUGGACCAUGUACUCCUUACCAGUAUCGCUUAAUGGGCCCUGGAAAAUGGGAUGGAGCCAGAAAUGCCAUCCUGACCCAGUGGGAAAGGACACUGAAACCCUUAAAAACUCGAAUAGUUCCCGAUUCCUCCAAGCCUGCCUCCAUGUCACAUUAUUUGAAAGCUUGGGGGGCACCUAUCCUGCUCGCCUCCCUUCUACUGAUCUGUAAAUCUUCACUUUUUUUUGAAAUUGGUGCCAGAUAAACUAUGGAACAGAAUUUCUCCUUACUUAAUAAGUAUUUGGCGAGGAUAAAUCUGCUUGCUUAUGAGGGUUGUACCAAGUCAUAUUAAUUCUAUUCCCAAAUAUCUUGUGUUUUUCACUUCUCCUCUCCAUCAUAACUGUUAUCAUCCAAGGUUAGGUCUAAUCAUCUCUUAUCUGAAUUAUUGUACUAACGUUCUCUCUAGUCUCAAUAUCCCCUUUUUUUGCCUCCUUUACCUAAGCAAUUAUUCUAAAAUAAAAAAUGUUGUCAUUGUUUCCAUCAAGAUCCUGGCAGCAAUAAGAUAGAACUCAAAUUAGGAAAUUUAAUAUAAAGAUUAUGUCAAGUGGUUUGGGCAGAGUGUAGGGAAAUCAUAAGUAGAAUUAAAUUCUGCCAGACUAGUAACAGUGAGGUUCUUCUACCAUCUGUAGGCCUAAUGAGGCAAGGGGAGAAAACAAUUAUGAAUGAGAGAGAGGGAGAGAAAGAGAGAGAGAGAUUAUGUAGAGAGGGGCACCUCUCAAGAACUAUGACCUCCAGCUGACCAAUGAAGGCAGUCCAUGGUGACCCCAAAAGUACUAGGGAAAUAAAUUGCCAAAUCUUAGGCUCUUCCCUCCUGCUGAUCAUCUGCCCAUGCUCCCCAGUGACCUAACCCAACCAAAAUUUAGAGGGCAAGGUUACUGACUAUUGUGGAUUUAAUUGCACCCCCCUCCACCAAAAGAUAUAUUCAAGUCGUAACCCCUGGUACCUGUGAAUGUGACCUUACUUGGAAGUAGGAUCUUUGCAAAUGUAUAUAAGUUAAGAUGAGAUCAUACUGAAGUAGGGUGUGCUAGAUCCAAUAUAAAAAGAGGAUCCUUAUAAAAAGAGGAUAAGACACACAGAGACACAGUCACAGUGGAGAAUGCCAUGUGAAGACAGGCAGAGAUUGGAGUGAUGCAUCUACAAACUAAGGAUCGCCAAGCAAGCAAACACUGGAAGGUGAAAGAGAGGCACAGAUCAGAUUCUCCCUCAAAAGCUCCAGAGGGAGAAACCCUGCCAACAAUUCCAGACUCCUAACCUCCAGAACUGUGAAAGGAUAAGCCACCCACUCUGUGGUACUUUGCUAAGGCAAUCCUAGGUUACCAAUACACAAACUGAUGUUUUCCGUGGAGGUGAGCCUCCUAAGCCACAGAGCAAAGCAAAGAUGAUGGGGAGUAUAUAGGAAAGGGCAACCAGAAAGGAUCCAGAGCAGACAUGUUGCUUUCCAAUGUAAAAAUCCUUCAAAGUUUGUCCCUUGAUUAGAGAUAAUAAAUUCCUUCGCCUGGAAGAGGAGACUCUUCAUGACCUGAGUCCCUUUGCCGAGGUCACCAGAAUCCUGUCCUGCAGCUAUCCCUCCACUUCAAACCCUGCCAUCUAGUACUACAUACUAUGGACUGUGCUGUACCUCCUCACUUUGGCACAAGCUGUUGCCUCUUCUAGCCCCUCGAAUCCAUACCUGACUGUCUUUCUAGAGAGAGCUUGAUCAUCUCCCUCUGUGAAGCCUUCCCUGAAUCCCCAAAGCAGAGUUGACUGCCCCUUCUUAAUGAUUGUGCCUCACGUACUACUCUGUCAUUGUUCUCUUCUUAUUAUAGUAUAAUUUUCUUUUUGUGUCUGUCUCCUAAUGAAUGGUGAGUUCUUGAGAGGAACCAUGUCCUGUUCAGCUAAAACACUGCCUGAUAAAAAGACUGCAAAAUAAAUAUUUGAUGACUGAACAGUGACCUCACUGGCUGACGUUCCUUGUCUCUCCUCUUCUACCCACAUUCUUUUCUUCUGCCAACUUGAUAAAUUACCUCAGAUUACCUCAGCACUGCAAAUGAACAAGGACAGUCCACCAACACCUAUUUUACAGACAGUCUUUGUGGCAAUCAGAAUAAAUACAACUAACUAAUCCAUAACUGGGAGCCAGGUGUACUGGUUGAAAGUGCUAACUCUAGUAUUCAACCUGGAUUACAAUCCCAGCUCUUCCAUUAGCUAUAAGGCCUUGGCCAAGUUACUUAGCCUUUCUGAGCCUCAAGUGUCCUCAGCUAAAAAAUGAGGAGAAAAGAAUAGUAUCACCUACCUCAAAAGUAAACAUUAAGUGAGACAAUAUAGGUGUUACUUACACAGUAAAUUACCUAUUAACAGCUCAGGAGUCUGAUGACAUUUUUAAUUCUCUGAAUUAAAGGAUUUGAAAAUGAUUGCCUGUUGCCUAAUCAGAGAGUAUGGCCUUGCUCUCUGUGGAUUGUCUGGUAGCACUUUCCAACUAGGAUCACUCUUUUGUCCUUGUGCCCCACCCCCGCCCAAACCUUGAGGUCUUUUGCCACCACCAUCACUGCCACUAUCACCGCACCACCCUCAUGCUUCUCAGAUGGACCUUCCAGGAUGCAGCAAGCAAAUAAUAGCAAAGGAAGAAUUAUUCUCAAUCAUUAAGAGUGGACCUCCUGUCAGAAGAAACU